UUUAUACUGAUGUGGACAUACAAUAUUUCUUUUAAACUUCGGACUUAAAUUCAUAUGUCUCAUAGUUUCAGGUUUAGCGCGGACAGUAAAUAAAGAAUGCUUUCGACGUGUAUGGCAAUUGUGAUGGCAACUGUCAUAAUGGUUGCUGAAAACAAUGAAUGUAAUGACUAUACCCUGUCAACAUCAGACCAGUCACUGAUAGAUUUGAUGAAAAUUUACUUACACACAUCUAGGAAAGACGAAUGCCCAUCUCCGAAUAAAACAUCAAAAUCAGGAGUAACUUAUGUACGCUGGGGAAAGAAAAUUUGUCCAAAAGGUGCUGAUAUAGUGUAUACAGGUCAAGUUGGUGGAACUCAAUAUGGAUAUAGGGGAGGUGGUGUUAAUUAUUUAUGUCUCCCUAAUGAUCCAGAAAAUGGACAGCAUCAAUCAUAUGACAAUAACCAGGUAUAUGGAUCUGAAUACCAACUUAGUUCGUCAAUGAAGUCUUCAGGAUGGUCAGAAAGUAUGGCAGACAAGGAAGUCCCAUGUGCUGUGUGUUAUCAAAAACACAGAUCAACGGUCUUGAUGAUACCCGGUCGAAAGACUUGCUAUAAAGGAUGGAAUCCAGAAUAUAAUGGUUAUCUUAUGAGCGAUCAUAAUACUCAUUUUAGACGGGACUUUGCCUGCGUUGACAGAAAUGCAGAACCGCUGGACAAUAAGAAUGGAAAUGAAGAUGGGGCUGUGUUUUAUCCUCUCCGAACCAAAUGUGGCAGUUUAAGAUGUCCUCCGUAUACCAAUGAAGCUGAUGUUCUUUGUGUCGUUUGUACAAAGUAAAAUGUUUUCUA